UCUCUUAUUUUUCUCUCACUCUCUCACUUCCACCAGGGGUUUUUCUCUCUCUACCUCCCUCUCCCUGACGCUCCUCUCAACCCCAACUGUGCCUCCAGCACAGCUAUUGCUCCGCCUCGCCAGUUUUGACAAGAGCGGGCUUGGUCUGUCGGAUUACCCUGAAACCCACAAAUCUCUUUCCCCACUACCGCCCACACUCUGCUCUGAAAUCUUCUAAAAGCAGUAGAUGGUGUCAAUCAACUGCUUGUUGUUUGUCUCCGUUGAAGUCCGACUGUUCUUGGAGUGGUUCUUGAGCACGCUACUCCGGCUAUUCCAGCCAACUAUUUCCCUAAGGAAAAUGGUGUUAAUCUCCAGAAAGAUUUUCCCAGCAUGUGAGAGCAUGUGUGUUUGUUGUCCUGCUUUGAGAUCAAGCUCUCGACAACCUGUUAAGCGAUACAAAAAACUGCUUGCAGAGAUCUUUCCUGAGUCUCUUGAUGGCCCUCCAAAUGAAAGAAAAAUUGUUAUGUUAAUAUGCUGCAAAAAACCCGGUUCGGACCCCUAAGGUAUGGUCUCUAAAUUUGUUGUUCUACUUGUGUGUCUCCCAGUAAAAGUGACUUUCAUUGAAAUUAGUGAGCCCAGUGCUGAAUAUUUUUGGUACUUUUUUU